UUUUUUUCCCUCCUCCUCCUCCUCCUCUGGCAGCGCUAUAUUCAAUAAAAGGUGCAAAUGUCUUUUCCAGUGACGGUGACUUUGAUUCCAUCAUGCUGCGCAUCUUUACUCUUCCUAAUCUGCGCCCUCCUUCCCACAUGUACCGAUGCAUUGACAACGUGUGGAACCACCCAGUUCCACUGCGGUAAUGGGAACUGCAUCCCGAGCAGAUGGGUGUGUGACGGCAUGGAUGACUGCGGAGACAGCGCUGAUGAACUUCCUGUUGCCUGCCUGGCAAACACAUGUAGGCCAACUGACUUCAGGUGUGGUAGCUGUCUUAACCAGUGUAUACCUAGCAGCUGGCGAUGUGACGGAAAAGCUGACUGUGAAAACGGAGUUGAUGAAGAAAGCUGUGCUCCCAAACAGUGCACAAACAGUGAGUUCCGCUGCAAUAACGGCCAGUGCGUGUCAGCUUCCUUUGUGUGUGAUGAAGAGGAGGACUGUGAAGAUGGCAGCGAUGAAGACUCCUGUCCACCUGCUAGCUGUAGCGCUGUGUCUUUUCAGUGCAAUGACACCUUUUGCAUCCCCCGCCUGUGGAUGUGCGAUGAAGAUGUCGACUGUCCUGAUGGCUCGGACGAGUGGCCCCAGACCUGUGGUAAGGUGAAACCCACUGGUGCCACUAAACACUGCUUACCCAGUGAAUUCCAGUGUGCUAGGGGUGAGUGUAUCCUUAGCAGCUGGAAGUGUGAUGGAGAAGCUGACUGCCUUGAUCAGUCAGAUGAGACCAACUGUGCUCAUCCCACUUGUCGUCCUGAUGAGUUCCAGUGCAGUGAUGGCACUUGCAUCCAUGGUAGCCGCCAGUGCAACCAACAGUACGACUGCACAGACAUGAGUGAUGAAAUUGGUUGUGUUAAUGCAACCUAUUGUGAUGGCCCAACCAUGUUUAAGUGUCGCAGUGGCGAGUGUAUUAGCAUGACGAAGGUAUGCGACAACCACCGUGAUUGCAGGGAUUGGUCUGACGAGCCUCUUAGGGAAUGUGGCUCUAACGAGUGUCUAUAUAACAACGGUGGCUGCUCUCAUAACUGCAGUGACCUAAAAAUUGGAUAUGAAUGUCUGUGCCCUGCUGGAUAUCAGUUGGUUGGCAAAAAACAGUGUGAAGAUAUUAAUGAGUGUGACAGCCCAGACAUCUGCAGCCAAAUUUGUAUCAACCAGAUUGGCAGCUAUAAAUGUGACUGUAAACAAGGUUAUCAAAUGGACCCAGUGAUUAAAACCUGCAAGGCCAUCGAUGUGAUAGCCUACCUUUUCUUCACCAAUCGUCAUGAAGUCAGAAAAAUGACUUUGGACAAACGUGAGUACACGAGAGUAAUCCCACGCCUGAAAAGUGUUGUUGCUUUAGACAUGAACAUGGCUACCAAAGAGAUCUACUGGUCUGACAUCUCACAGAAGAAGAUAUACAGAGCUCAGAUGGACUCAGCGGAGGACUCCACUCACCACAGUGUUGUGAUCGGCAGUGACAUCGACGCUCCUGAGGGGAUUGCCUUCGAUUGGAUCCAUGGGAACCUGUACUGGACUGACAGCGUUCGCAGCGCCAUCUCUGUGGUAACAGUUGACGGUGGCCGCCGCAAAAUGCUCUUUCACCAAAACCUAUCGAAACCUCGCGCUAUUGUGGUCGACCCCCACAGAAACUUUAUUUACUGGACUGAUUGGGGGAAUCCUGCCAAGAUUGAGAGGGGAGGCCUCAACGGUGGCGACCGCGCUGCUCUGGUCACUGAUAAUAUUGUGUGGCCAAAUGGAAUUACACUUGACCUGUUGAACCAGCGGCUCUACUGGGUGGACUCUAAGUUGCACACUCUCUCUAGUAUCGAUGUGCAGGGCGGUGGCCGACGUACUCUCAUCAUUGACGAAGACAAGCUGGCUCACCCUCUGGCUCUCACUGUGUUUGAGGAAAAAGUGUUUUGGACAGAUGUCAGUAAUAAUGCCAUCCUCAGUGCCAACAGGGUGACAGGAAAAGACAUUACACCUUUGGUGGAGCACUUGUCUUCUCCAGAAGACAUUAUUCUCUACCAUAACCUCAAACAGCCUGCUGGCAGAGACUGGUGCAAUGUGUCAAAUGGUGGCUGUGAAUUCUUAUGUCUGGCAGCUCCUCAAGUGGGCGCACAUCCCCCCAAAUAUACCUGUGCUUGCCCCGAUAACAUGAUGCUAGCCAGUGACAUGAGGAGAUGUGUACCUGCUGUGUCAGUAUCUACAAGUACUGUUCAGCCUCAAGUUCCACCUACCCUCACUCCUUACCGGCCACCCGUCCCAUCCCGGACAAUGCCCCCUCCCAUGGCUCCCACCACUAUCAAACCCAAAGUAUCCAUCAGCUCUGUGGGAAACAUUGUACCACGCACCACCAAACCUGUUUUCAGAUCCACCUCUCCCCACCCGACAACUCCCAAAGUACUUCACACGACCACAGAUGCUCCAGCCACUUCUCCAGAUUCCCAAGACAGAUUUGCUGCUGCUGUACCUUCGAGUAUAUCCAACACUACUCUAGCUUUGUACAUUGUCAUACCUAUAGCGAGUUUUUUUAUUAUGUGUGCUGGAGUGCUGCUUUGGAGGAAAUACCGGAUGAAGAAUACCAACACGUUCCACUUUGACAACCCCGUCUAUCAAAAAACCACUGAAGACGAAGUGCGCUUUUGGUGGCGUGACAGCCAGGAUGGUUACUGUUAUCCAAAGAGACAAAUUGUGAGCUUGGAUGAAGACACUGACAACCCAACCUUCUUAGAAAAUUGAAAUACAUCAAAAGGGAAUGAAGAGCCUUCAUGAUAAGCUAUGUUGCACAUCCAUUUUUAAAUUAUUAUAUUACCUCACGUAACAAAUAGGCAUGAAUUUGAAAUCAAAUAACAGCAAUUGUGAACCACUGUGUUUCUACAGAAAAUCAAAUGGUUUGCACUAAAGGAAGCUGGUUGACAAUCAGUAGCAGAACAUAU